AUGGCAACCCAGAGUGCGUCUGACUCAUCGCCUGUAACACGUAUCGCAACGUUUCGAUUCCGCGACGAAGUAACGCCGGCGCAGAAGGGCGACCGCACUGCAGCUUUUCUGGCGCUUUAUGCUGAGUAUCCUGAGUUGCUGGUCGAAGGACCGAAGGGAGGCAGGCCGUUGAAUACGCCACUCAAUUUGACCAAUGUGAAGAGGGAGAGUGUCUGGGAUACAGGGUUUGUGGUUGUUUUCAAGGACGAGGCUGCGAGGCAAAAGUUUGAUCUCGAUCCUGGGCAUGAUAGGUUGAAGGAGGAAACAGAUCCGUUGCUAGAGCAGGUAUUUGUGUAUGAUUUUGUUGCACAGCCAAACUUGGGUUGGUGA